UAGCUCUCAUCUGCGGUUAAUGUGUUAGCCACCUACUGUAUUUCGUAGCGGUAAAUCUAGUUUUCCUGCACAUCUAUUUUCGCUGCUUAUAACACAGAUCAUUAAAGUUUUUUUUAAUAAAUCUGCCUAACUAUACUUAUCGUUUAAGUGUCUGUUGUAAUAGCUGCAUAAUAGUAAUCAAGUAUUGGACUAAUGUAUCCUCUCUUUUUAAUAUUUUUCAGGCUUCCCUAGGGAGUUCAAGUCCAGUUGGCUCUUUAUCAUCAGAGGACCAUGACUUUGACCCAACUGCAGAAAUGUUAGUUCAUGAGUAUGAUGAUGAGAGGACUCUGGAGGAGGAAGAGUCUCUGGAUGGAGGCAGGAAUUUCAGCUCUGAGAUUGCAGAUCUGGAGAAGGAGGGUAAUAUGCCUCUGGAGGAACUGUUGGCCAUCUAUCGCUAUGAGGCCUCAGCUGGUUCUAGUAUAGACAGCUCCUCUGGUGACCUGACAGAUGAGCUUCCUGACAUGACUUUGGACAAGGAGGAAAUAGCUAAAGACCUGUUGUCCGGGGACUACGAGGAGGAGACCCAGUCUUCAGCUGAUGAUCUCACCCCUUCAGUCACCUCCCAUGAGGCCACUGAUUUCUUCCCAAGAACACUUCGAUCUAACACUAUCUCUGACGGGGAUAAAGAGUCAGAGUGUGAUGACGAUGGCCCAAGCCCAGAGGACUCCAGAAAGGAGAUAAUGGUGGGAACACAGUACCAAGCAGACGUUCCUUCUUGCCUCUGUCACUACAAAGAUGGGGAGAAAGUGUAUGAAGAUGAAGACGAGCUAUUAUGGAGCCCAGGUGCAUUGCCAGAAAACAAGAUUAGGAGUUUUCUGUCUGAAGUGUUGUCACGGACAACAGAUGAAAAGACAGGAUGUGACAAACCAGGGAUGCACAUCCGAGACAAUGAGCAGGCUUUGCACGAGCUUGUGAAAUGCAACUACAACACCCGUGAAGCACUAGAGAGAUACUGCAGCCGCAUAAAAUCCUCAAAAGAAAAAUCGCCCCAGUGGUCUGAAGAGGAAUGCAAGAACUUUGAACACGCACUACAGAUGUAUGACAAGAACUUUCACCUCAUACAGAAACACAAAGUCACAACACGAACAGUAGCAGAAUGUGUGGCAUUUUACUACAUGUGGAAAAAGUCGGAGCGCUUUGACUUCUUCGUGCAGCAGAAUCGGUUCGGAAAGAAAAAGUACAGCAGCUAUCCCGGCGUAACCGACCUGAUGGACAGGCUGGUGGACGAAGCAGAGGGAUUGGCAGUGGACAGUUCGUCCUCUGUGUGCUCAGGAGCAGGUGGCGGAGGAAGACUGGAGACCACCACAGACCAACAGCUCAGCCUGCUCAACUCCAUCACUGCCAGCGAUCUCACAGCUCUGAGUAACAGCGUAGCUACAGUAUGCAGCCCUGCGGAGGUCAGUUGCCUGGACUCCUACACCUUUCCUCCCCUGGAAAGUCUACAUCGCGGUUCCCUGAAUCACGAGGAAUCCCUCGGCUUCCCAUCCAACGGUGCAGACCCCGACUGCCUAAACAUGCUCGACGCAGGCUUCUACCACUCGGACCUGGGUCAGCUAGGAGGAGUGUGUGUCAACAAGGACUGCGAGCGGCCUUCAAAGAGACUCAAGAUGGCGCUGCCUGACUCCUUUAUCAAUGACGUCUCUGUAAAUAACCUCGGAGUGGACUUUGAAGGGCGACGGAAAACGACGCACCACCACCGAAUCACCGGCGCCAAAAUGGCAGUGUCUGUCACAGACUUUGGGAGCUUGGCUGGCAGUGGUGAGCCUAACGGGUUCCUGGGAGGACAUGCACGGCACCACACACAGCACACUGCAGCACUUCAGUCAGAGUGAUCUUCCUCGUUUUCUUCUCUUGUUCUUCCCUUUGGAAACCCCUUUUCCUGCUUGUACAUAAGACUGACCUCACUGGAGAAUCCAAUUUGUUUAAAUUCUAUAUAUAUAUAUACUUUUUUGUUUUCAUUUUUUGUGUAAUAUGACAUCAGUGAUGUCUAUCAUAUAAAACUAAAAUCUUGAUUUCUCUCAAGAGUUUAUAUAGCCAUUUAUUUUAUUUUUGUUUUGCGGUCUUGAGAUGUGUAACGUCCAUGUACAGUGGGGCCCAGAGGCUGCAGUAGGAGAGUUGUGUAUCUUCCUCCCUCACAUCUAAACAUAACAUCUUUCAAAGCUACAGUAUGUUAUCCUGCCAUUCUUUUCGGCUGCCAAAAUCAUCUUACAGUAGUUUUUUGCCUUUAGUGUUUAGUUGCUUUGUUGUUUGAAGUGGUACUUUAAAAAAAAAAAGAAAAAAUUUAGUGUUUGGUUUACAGGUACUUUUCAGUAACCAGGCUGGUGAAAAUGGUUUAUAUUUGUCCCCAAAUGAACCUGGUUACAUAUUGUAUGAAGAGCAACACUAGCAUGGAGACGAGCUUGGAGACCAGGAUGUGUCGCAGCUACUGCGGCCUUGCAGUUUGCUUUUCUUUGCUUUUUUUUUCUCUCUCUCCUGUGGAAGCUUGUCAGUAGUUUGUCUGCUUGUUUAUUUUUAAACUGUUCAAAGUGGCCAAACUGGAUUACGUGAAUGUUUGUAACAGUUCAUUUUUAUCCAACAUAGUCAAACUCAAAUUAUAGUCCCAGAUUUAUUCUUAAUCUUUAUAUUUUCUAUCACCUUUUUUAAAUAAGCAUAAUCAAGAAUACCUGUGCAGAGUAACAUCAUCAGAGUCAUUUUUAUAGCUGGAUAUCAUGUUUUUGAUAUCACACAUAUUCUAAAGGAGGAUAUCAGACUAGCAAACCAUGUCACAGCAAUAUUACAAUGUAAAAUAUAUUAAUUGGGUUAAUAGCCAUUGAAACACAGAUGUAAGGCACAGUAAAGUAUUGCAUAUUAUUUAACCUUUUUGAGAUUAUGUUCAAUCCUUUAACGCUUUAACACAUGCUACUCUUAGGUAAAAAUUGGUGAAAAUGUUUAUUGUAGUCGAAAUUUUGUUCAGAAAUGUUUCUAAACCACAUAGCGCCAUUUUCAGACCACUUAGCAAGCUUGGGUAAUCCCGCUAGCAGUAUUAUGUUUAUUUAAAGCCACUCUGAUAUUGUAUCCAAACCUCUGCCUCGCCUGUUCUGACUAGAUGCUUUUUGUUUAAUCUGGUCAACAAUUUCUUGGCGUCUAGUUAGCAGAUUUGGAACCGUUUCUCUUGACUGAAGUCCAUAUUUGUGAAUUGUAAAAUGUUUAGCGGGUUCAUCGUCAGUUGAUUGGAUGCAGUAGUCGUGUUUACUUAAUUUAUCUAUGCAUUGUGAUAUGAAUACUUAGUUUGUUUCAGGGGUACAUUAUGUUUGUCAUGUCCAUAGUUCUCACCAUUAUGUAUGUGUGUGUGUGUGUGUGUGUGUGUGUGUGUAUGUGUACGUACAGACAGGAUUCAUGCCUAUACAUAAUUCAUUUCGAUCAAGUAAUUCCGUUUCCAAGCCCAGCAUCAGAGAAGACGAUUCACUUCUGCGUUUCAUGUAAAUAAUUAGCAAAUAGCCUUUAAAAGUCUAUUAACUGACCUCUUACACUUGUGAAUCUGUGUUGAUACAAAGGUUUAAUUAUUAUUAUUUUUUUUCUCCCCUUGUCCAAUGGCAAUAAUUUGUAGAUAUGUACAGAUAUUUUGAGUUUUGCAUUUGACUGGUUGACUUGGUAUUUGAAUAAUUUUGUUUUUCUCCUUUUUGGAAAGUCAUGAUUACCCCAGACACCAGGACGCAGCUGAAACCACGCAUGCCAGCCGCGUCCCCUUUUUCAAGUGUACCACUGAAAACGGCUUUACCUGAAGACGUAUUGAUAUUAAUCAAUGUUGCAAUUUUACAUUCAAAAACUUGCAGCCAUUUGUAAAAGACGCUCAUCUUUCUUUCCUCGAAAAAAAAAACAAAACUUUUUACAUGUCGUCGUCUAUAUUUGUCUUGAUGGUAAAGGGAUGGCUGCUGCUCUAAGUAUGUGGAGAGCUAGUUUCUCUUUUAAUGCAAUGUGCAUAAUGCAGUAGGUCCUCCAAGCUCUUCUAGCUUUAGCAGUGCAGUGAUAUUUAUUUCACCUGUGGUUUGUACAAAGACUCAGAAAAACUGUCAGAAUGUAAAGGCCAUUAAGUAGUAGAAGUAGGUUUUUCACCACCCUGUGAACUCUCGAAAAAUGUGAUAUUUUAUUGAUAUCUCUGGUAUGAGACUUGUGUGUGCGAGAAAGCACUAAACAAAUUUAUUUUCUAUUUUGUAUUGUGUUUUGAAGUUUAAAAAGGAGAAAACGGUAUAGCAGUUGUGGUUUUGAAAAAGAAAACGAGUUCUUUGAUGAAAACAAAAACACCUUUGUGAAUAAAAAAAAAAAACCUACAAAACUUAAAUGUAUAUCCAGAAAUAUAGACAAUCAAAAACUUCACUAUGAGAAAUGUUCAAGAAGCUAUCUUUAUUGUUUAUAAGAAUUGUACAUAAACAUUGAGUUGUUUCUUUUUUUUUUCCUUUUGUUAAACAUUAUUUUGUAUUUUCUGUUGUACUUUAAUACCUUGUGUACAGAUCCAGAAAUAAAGCUCUGGAAAAGGUUUGGAGAUGAUAGCAUGGUCAUUACUUGUCAUCAUUCAG